AUGUCAUCAUCAAAUGAGAACAUUGUUUUAUCUGCUAUUGGAACUCGAACAAUUUUAAAUUUAGUAUGUAAAUUCUUAUUUCGUUUUUUACAUUUUAUUUUAAAUGGUCUUAUUCUUCGUCGAAUUGAUGGCAAUAUUAUUGGAAUAGCUAAUGUACGUCUUCAAUUACUUUAUACAACAAUAUUAUUUCUAUCUCGUGAAGCAUUUCGUCGUACAGUACCGAAAUUAAAUCAUGUACGUUCAAUUCAUCAUUAUAUUAAUUUAAUAUGGUUUAUUAUUCCAAUUGGUUUAGGAAUAAUAUUAUUUGCACUUCCAUUAACAUUAUUUACUAGAACAGAUGGUGCAGAAAAAUAUCCAUUUUAUUAUCAAGCAUGUUCAUUUUAUGCUCUAGCUGCAUUUAUUGAACUUUUAUCUGAACCAUUUUAUUUAUUAGCAACUGUUACACUUAAUUAUCAUAUUAAUAUUUAUAUUGAAAUGUUUGCUUCAACUAUAGGAUUUACAAUUCAAGCAAUACUAAUAUAUAAAAAUCGUGAAUCUGCACUUUAUUAUUAUGGUUUUGGUUAUAUAUUAUAUUCAUUAUUAAUAACAUUAAGUUAUUAUAUUUAUUUUUUAAGUCGUAAAAAAGAAGAACGUACUCGGUUAUUUCUAAUAUCAUCAUUUAAAGAUUUAAUUAUAAAACCAACACAUCCAUAUACUGAUCAAAAAUUAUUAAAUGAAACAGUAACAUUUUUUUGGCAAGGAAUUUGGAUGAAAAUUUUAACUGAAGGCGAAAGAUAUAUUAUGUCUUUAUUUAAUCUUAUUUCAUAUAAAGAUCAAGCUAUAUUUGAUACAAUUAAUAAUUUAGGUUCACUUUUACCACGUUUAAUUUUUUCAACAUUAGAAGAAAGUGCUUAUGCUUAUUUUCAACAAACAUUAUCAAGAACUAAAACAACUAAAGAUCAACAUAUUCAAGAUGAUCAAAUGUUAGUUCAUGCAAGACAAGAUGAUCUAUAUCAUCAGGAACAAUCAUCACCAUCAGAACAAAAAACAAUAAAAUUAAAUGCAUUAACAUUUUAUAAUUAUUUACUUCGUUUUGUGAUAAUAAUAUCAUUAUUAGUGAUAACAUUUGCUAUUCCAUAUAGUCGAACUCUUCUUAGUUUAUAUGGUGGUUCAAAUUUAAGUCAAUCUUCUGCUCCAUCACUUCUUCGUUUAUAUUCAAUAUAUAUAUUAUUUCUUGCUAUAAAUGGUAUAACAGAAGCAUUUUCUCAAGCAACAAUGUCAAUAAAAGAAUUAAAAAAUUAUAGACAUUUAAUAUCAAUAUUUGCAUUAAUAUAUCUUGGAAUAUUUUAUAUAUUAAUAAUACAAAUAGGUAUAUAUGGAAUAAUAAUAGCUAAUUGUUUAAAUAUGUUAUUACGUAUAAUAACAAAUACAUAUUAUAUUAAAAAAUAUUUUGAUGGUAUUUUAUGGUCAAAACCAUUUCAAUAUUCAUAUUAUUAUUUAUUAACAUUAAUAUUAACAGGAUCGAUUUGUUAUUAUAGUGAACAAUGGUUUAAUAAUAUAUUAAUACAUUUAUUUUUAGGAGUUUGUUUAGGUUUUUUUAUGUUAAUAUUAACAUGGAAAGAAGAAAAAGAAAUGAUUCAUUAUAUUUAUUGUAUAAUUAGAUUAAAUCGUCAAAAGAAAAUUUCAUAA